GUCCAGACCACAACGACCAGAGCAGGAAGAGUUGAUCAUUGAUCAAUAAUCAAAUAACUAUCAAGUUUCAAGUUUCAUCGAUCUCCUUCGAGACAAUCGGCUCUUCCUGUGAUUAUUGUUGGGUUAGUUGGGUACGUACUUGGGUGAGAGUUGAGAAAGAAUCAGUUGAAAGCAAUGGAGAAGAGAGCGGUUUUAGGGGUGAAGAAGAAACCCAUCAAACAGACCAAGAGGAGAUUUCUGAAGAAGGUUGUAGACUAUCUCAAAUCCGACUCCUAUAUGUACGCUCCGUUGAUCUCUCCACCUCCACCGUCCAAUUCUCCUGCUCGACACAUCACCAGCUCCUCUGAUUCAAGACCUCUUAGUUGUCUAACAGGGGUGACUACAGCAGUUUCAACAAGGAAAGUGAACAACAAAAACAAUCAAACAAAUGACGAGCCAGAAAAUAUGUUGGGGGAAGAACAAGACAUUGAAGGUUCUCAUCCUCAACCAGGUAAUUUGGGUCCAGGAAUUUCUGGACACUUUGAGAUGGUAAAGCAUAUUGUACACAAGAACUGUCGUCCUUCUUCCUUAUUUGGCCAUGAUGUCCAGAAUAUCAAACGUUGUACCACUACCCUCCCUACAGUUAAAACUUAAGCAGUCAAAGAGCACAUAUCGCCAAAGUAAAAAGAUGCCUGAGACGUAGCUGCAGAAGUAUUGCACUGUACUUUAUCAUGUUCUUUCUUGUAUAGUUGAAUUCCUGUGUUUAAGUCUUCCAUGGUUUAAUGGUCAUAUUGUAAGUAAAAUUGGUUUGCAUCUC